AUCAUUCUCGUCCUCUGUUCAGUUGGUCUCCACUCCUCGUGCUGUUCGAUCCUGGUAAAUAAUUCUGCUCUGCUGCUGCCUGUGUUCAUCUCCAUCAGCUCAACAAUCCAUCCAUCCAACAAUUAAUUAAUUACCUAAUUAACUCAGUAAAUAAGUAAAUAAAUCGGAAGAAGGAUGAGUGCUUCACCCGUUGCCCGUCAAGUGACGCAAAGCCAGGUCAUCCCGUCUCGCCGGAUCGUUAUCAACAGUUCUAGUCAGCUGCCCUUAGAUUAUUCCACCACUCCGGGAGGGACGAUCUACUCCACAACCCCUGGCGGAACCCGGAUCGUGUACGAGCGUAACUUUCUGAUGCAGCUGAAGAACUCACCGAUGGCAAAAACGCCACCGAAGAAUAUCCAAUUCAUCCCCGGAGUGACUGGCGGCCUCUCCCCCGUCAAGGCACAAUCCGGCUUGCUUGUCGACAACACGAAAAACCUCAACGCCAAGAAUGCCGGGGCCAAUAAUAAACCACCAUCUCCCACCGGAGACGGGGCUCAAACGAAUGAUUCUGAGCAGUUCGAAAUGGAUUUGUAAAUCAAAUUCACGUCAAUCUGUGCCACGAUACGUCAGCCAAACUCUAUACUAAAAUUAACUACGUCCAGGAAAUUAAGUCCAUAAAAAUGCCUAAAAUACUACAUUAUUUCAACGAAAAAAGAGAACAAUUGGAAAUUUUUCUUCAAAAAACCAAUACCACCAACCCGGUCGUCGUCGCCAUGUCAUGACUGAUGACAUACUUUCUUCACAGAUUUGACUCUUGGAUUGACAAGUCGGUUUUCCUUUGAAAUAUCUCUUCCAGAAACUAACUAAAUUUAUUAAGAAAUUUAUGAAAAUACAGAGAGAGAGAGACGUAUGAAAAAGAUUUAUAGUUUUAAGCAUCAUUAUUACAUGAGCGUUGUUAAAACAUUAUUAUUAUGGUAAAUAAUAUUAUGUUGUGUAUUAUUAUUGUUAUCAUUUUGACACAAGAGAUGAUAAGAUUGUUAAUUAGUUAUAAGUAGUUUAAUUGUUGGGGACGGACGAGCGGAGAACUUAUUUGUGACUGGGCUGAUUUGACUUAUUUGUUUGUACCCACGCCAAAAAUAUGACAUGACAAAUUAAAAUUAUUAAAUAUAUUCCUUGUGAUGAAAAUUAUAGCUAAAUAAUUAUUAAAUUUAGAAGUUUUGUUUAAUUCAAAAUUUUUCACGUAUGUAAAAAAAACGUAAUUCAUAUAGUAGUUUCUUUCUAGAAAAAAAAAAUAAUACUGGUUUCGAUCGUCUCUCAGAAUUUUUGUAGACUGAUUUUUUUAGUUUAUAAAAAAUAUUUGUAUUUCAAAAUUGUUUUUUACUAUACAAGUAAUUUUGACUGUUGUGAGCUUUUUAAAAAAUUUGAAAUUAAUUAUUCAUGCUCAGAAAACCAACCACUAUUAAAAAAUCACGGAAUGGAGUGAUUAAUUAUGAAAAUAUUUACAUAACCAAUCAAUCGAUUAAACGGUGACAAUUAAUUAAUUAAUUAAUUAACUAUUAGUAUUUAAAAGUAUACAAAAAUAGUUUACUUUUUUUGGACAGAUUUCUUACUUGUUGAACUUUAAAGACUACAAAAAAGCAAAGGAAACACGAUCGAAAUUUUUUGGAAAAUUUUGUGCCUAUGUAAUUGAUCAAUUAUUAUUACAAAUUGUUAUGAUUUAUUAUCGAUAAUCCAUCCAUUCUGAUCAAUAUUAUUAUCAACUUCAAACUUGAAGCUAAUUAAAUUUGCCAUCGAGAAAUGAAUUUGCUUAAAUCGACUAUCUUUCCACUAUCCUUAGAUGAUAAGUCUCCGAAAGAGAGAAAGAGAGAGAUGAAAAUUGUACAAAAAAAUCUCAAAAAUGUGAUAAAAAAGAAGCGAUUUAAACAAA